CAUAAUAUAUCAGUCCCCCCACAAAUUCACCCUUAUCCCACUUUGCACCUUAAUUACUCGGAGAAGAGCAAGCAAGCAAAAGAGCAGCCGGAGAGGCGAAAUGGCGGCGUCCAGCACUGCGUGUUUCCUGCACCACGUCCAUGCGCUCUCCACCAGCAGCAGCAGCAGGUCUCUCUCCAACCGCUACGCGCUCAACAAGCCCACCCAGCUGCUGCUAGUCUGCCGGUCGGCCCACAAACAGGACGAACAACAAGACAAGGCCAAGGCGGCCUCUCCAGCAGCAGCAGCAGCAGACUCCAUCUCUCGCCGCUUGGCCCUCACUCUGCUCGUCGGAGCUGCCGCUGUUGGCUCCAAGGUUUCGCCUGCCGAUGCCGCCUACGGCGAAGCUGCAAACAUAUUUGGGAAGCCGAAGACGAACACGGACUUCUUGCCAUACAACGGGGAUGGAUUCAAGGUGCUGAUACCGGCCAAGUGGAACCCAAGCAAGGAAGUGGAGUUCCCAGGGCAGGUGCUGAGGUACGAGGACAACUUCGACUCCAACAGCAACGUCUCCGUCAUGGUCACCCCUACUGACAAGAAAUCCAUCACCGACUUCGGCUCUCCCGAGGAAUUCCUCUCCAAAGUCGAUUACUUGCUAGGCAAACAAGCCUACUCUGGCAAAACCGAGUCUGAGGGUGGCUUCGACCCGAACGCGGUGGCGACCGCCAACAUAUUGGAGACUUCGACUCCGGCGGUGGGUGGCAAACCCUACUACUUCUUGUCGGUGUUGACGAGGACUGCCGACGGCGACGAAGGAGGCAAGCACCAGCUGAUCACAGCCACCGUCUCCGGCGGCAAGCUCUAUAUCUGCAAGGCUCAGGCCGGCGACAAGAGAUGGUUCAAGGGAGCCAGAAAGUUCGUGGAAAGCGCUGCUAGUUCCUUCAGCGUGGCUUAAGCGUUGAUUUAACAACAAUAAUUUCUUGUCCCUUCCAUCCCCCUCUCUCUGUAUCUAUCUUCUCUUCUUAUUGGACUGCUUUGCUUCAGAACAACGACGACGACAUAUUAUAAUAUGGUGUGUUUUUGUUGAGGGUAAA